UGACAUUCUGGUUCUACCUCUACAAAUCCUUUACAAACUCUUUUGAACUUGAGUCAAGGUUCGGUCGAGGGCAUCGAACUGACGUCAUUCCCAUCAGGAACCAUUGAAUUGGGUUUCUGAACUUUGGUCGAGUUUCUGAGUUACUAUUAACUGACUCUGUUGGCUUUCCGCCAACGUUCUUCUUGUCUGUCCAACCUCCUCAUCACCUUUACAAGACUUCACGAAAUAUGGCUUCUCGAUUUUCUCCUCGCCGGCUCUGGAAGCCACUCGCCUACGGUGUCGGUCUGGCAGGUGCCGGCGGCGCCGUCAUGUACAUCACAUACAGACCCAGAAAUGUGCCGGGAGCGGACUCGAUGGCACCCAAACCUCCCAGACGAGACGAAAAUGGACACAUCAUCCCACCUCAUUUCCCGAAGAUCCAAUCUCGAGCCGAGCAAAUCGCCAAAUUGAAGAACUCCGCAUCGUCACCCACGGAAGAGUACGAUCUUCUCGUCAUUGGCGGUGGAGCUACGGGAACGGGAAUCGCUCUCGAUGCAGCAACCAGAGGUCUCAAGGUGGCUGUGGUGGACAGAGACGACUUCAGCAGUGGCACGAGCAGCAAGUCGACAAAACUGGUUCACGGCGGUGUGAGGUAUUUGGAAAAAGCCGUGUGGAACCUCGAUUACAAUCAAUACCAACUCGUGAGAGAGGCGCUCCACGAGCGGAAAAGCUUCUUGUACACGGCGCCUCAUCUUUCAUCAUGGCUACCGAUUAUGUUGCCGUUGCAGAAAUGGUGGCAAGCUCCAUAUUUCUGGGCGGGUACGAAAUUCUACGAUCUCCUGGCCGGUUCGGAAGGGAUUGAGAGCUCGUAUUUCCUUCCGCGAAGUAAAGCUCUCGAUGCAUUUCCCAUGUUGAGAAAGGAUAAUCUGAUCGGUGCAUUGGUGUACUAUGAUGGGCAGCAUAACGAUUCGCGCAUGAACAUUUCUCUGGCCAUGACCGCUCACCUCUAUGGCGCCACGACCGUCAAUCACCUUGAAGUCACGAGUCUGGAGAAAGACGCCGACGGGAAACUGAUUGGUGCUCAAGUGCGUGAUCUGAUUGCAGAAAAGAACGGUGACAAAGCCGGGAAAGAGACGUUUCCCAUCAAGGCCAAAGGCAUAAUCAACGCGACAGGUCCAUUUGCCGAUGCGAUUGAACAGAUGGACGAGCCGACCAGGAAAGAAAUCGUCGCACCUUCUCUGGGUGUCCAUGUCGUGUUACCGGGAUAUCUCAGUCCUCAAAAUAUGGGCCUGAUCGACCCUUCGACAUCCGAUGGUCGAGUGAUUUUCUUCCUCCCUUGGCAAGGAAACACGAUUGCAGGAACCACGGAUGCUCCUUGUUCGAUCGAACAGAAUCCAGUUGCCGGUGAAAAGGACAUUGAAUGGAUUCUCGACGAGAUCCGAACAUAUUUGACACCGGAUAUUGAAGUUCAAAGAUCUGAUAUUUUGGCAGCUUGGUCAGGCAUCCGCCCCCUCGUACGCGACCCAAACUCCAAAAACACCGAAUCCCUCGUCCGCAGCCAUCUCGUCAACGUCUCCCCCUCCGGUCUCGUAACAUGCGCCGGCGGCAAAUGGACCACUUAUCGACAAAUGGCCGAAGAUGCCGUCGACAAAGCCAUUCAAGUAUUCAAACUCGAACCAAAACCCAUUUCCAACGCACCGGACAUAUCCGGCGUCAAUGGCAUCGACACCACCUCCACCACCUCCACCUCCACCACCCCCUUCCUCGACGGAACCUGUCAAACCCACCAUAUCCGCCUCCUCGGCGCGCACGGGUAUUCCACCACCUUAUUCAUCAACCUAAUCCAACAAUUCGGGCUUGAAACCGAAGUCGCGAAACACAUUGCCACCAACUACGGCGACCGAGCAUGGGACGUGGCUGCACUAUCCUCUCCCGUUGAAAACUCCCCUUUCCCACUACGAGGACAGCGUCUCUCACCGUUAUAUCCGUUCGUCGACGGAGAAGUGCGAUUCGCUGUACGUAGUGAAUACGCGCAGACGGCGGUGGACGUAUUGGCGCGACGAACGAGAUUGAGUUUUCUAAACGCCCAGGCCGCCUUGCAGGCUUUGCCUCGUGUGAUUGAUAUUAUGGCCCAGGAGUUGAAGUGGUCGAAACAGAGGAAAGAGGUUGAGUGGACGGAUUCGGUCAGGUUUUUGGAGUCGAUGGGUUUGCCGAGGGAGUUAUUGCAGAUUAGUCGGGUGGAGGUCGAGAAAGGGUUGAAUGUUGGGAGGACUAAGGGGUUGUUGGUGUCGAGGGAUGGGUCGGAUAAGUCGUCGGCGGGGAGUCCAAAGCCUCUGAAGAUCAAGUCGGACAGUGCGAAUGAAGCACAGGCGCCUUUGCCGUGAUAUUUGGCCUGGGCUGACAUUCAUCAGAUGGCAAGGUAGGGGAAAAUUGGCGUUUGUGUUUUAUACCAAUGAGAUAUGAUGAGCUGGUGCUUUGGAGUUUGUUCAUAUGAUGGACCGGGGACAUAUCUGGUUUGAAAAUUGUAUACUCUAUCAUAUCUUGUGCGAGGUUUAAUGCAUAUAGGUCAACAGCAAAUAGUUGAUAAAAGCUUUCAACAUUAUCA